AUGGAGAACUGCACCAGGGUAAAAGAAUUUGUUUUCCUUGGCCUCUCCCAGAAUCAAGACGUGAGCUUUGUCUUGUUCCUUUUCCUACUUCUGGUGUACCUGACGACUCUGGUGGGAAACCUUCUCAUCAUGGUCACUGUGACCUGGGAGUCACGCCUUCACACCCCCAUGUAUUUUUUGCUCCGUAAUUUGUCGAUUGCCGACAUCUGCUUUUCCUCCAUCACAGCUCCCAAGGUGCUGGUGGACCUUCUCUCUGACAAGAAGACCAUCUCCUUCAAUGGCUGCAUGACCCAGAUGUUCUUCUUCCACCUCCUGGGUGGGGCAGACAUUUUCUCCCUCUCUGUCAUGGCGUUUGACCGCUACAUGGCCAUCUCCAAGCCCCUGCACUACGUGACCAUCAUGAGUCUGGGGAGAUGCACGGCCCUCAUCGUGGCCUCCUGGGUGGGGGGCUUCGUCCACUCCAUCGUGCAGAUCUCCCUCUUGCUCCCGCUGCCCUUCUGUGGACCCAAUGUUCUUGACACCUUCUACUGUGACGUCCCCCAGGUCCUCAAACUCGCCUGCACCAACACAUUAACUCUAGAGCUCCUGAUGAUUUCCAACAAUGGCCUGGUCACUACCCUGUGGUUUAUCUUCCUGCUUGUGUCCUACACAGUCAUCCUGACCAUGCUGAGGUCACACACUGGAGAGGGCAAGAGGAAAGCCAUCUCCACCUGCACCUCCCACAUCACUGUGGUGACCUUGCACUUUGUGCCCUGCAUCUAUGUCUAUGCCCGGCCUUUCACCGCCCUACCCACAGAUAAGGCCAUCUCCGUCACCUUCACUGUCAUCUCCCCUCUGCUGAACCCCUUGAUCUACACCCUGAGGAACCAGGAGAUGAAGUCAGCCAUGGGGAGACUGAAGAGAAGACUCCUGCCUUUUGAAAGGGAGUAG